GCCGCGCGUGUGUGUUCGUUCGGGGUGUGUACGCUCGUGUGUGCGAUCGUUCGUUCGGGGUGUGUGCGCUCGUCGUUCUCUCGACACUCGACCGCCACCGACCGUAUAACGAUAACGAUAACGGCCUGUACUCCGACGACCACCAAAACGAGCAUAUACUACCUACCAGUAAUUAUUAUUAUUAUUAUUAUUAUUAUUAUUAUUAUUAUUGUCGGUGUAUAACAUAAUUAUUAUAUACUUACUGGGGCGAUUGUUGCUCUGUAUAACUUUAAUUUCGCUCGCGUGCUUUAUAUUAUAUCGUCUCACACUCAUUCCGCGGUGAUUGUCCAUUAACUCGUCUACGGUCUACAUCACACUACAGCCGUCUUUAACACACGUCGUCGACGUCGUCGUUACCAGUCAGUCGGCCUGUAGUGCCCAAGUACCACACGCAACCGUGACCACGAACGACCACGACCGGGACCACUACCACGACGAGGUACGAACCCUUGAACGCGCGGCGGUGGCACCGCCACUGGCGGUAGUGGCCGCCACGUUAUACGAAAUAGCCGUUGCCGCCGCCGCCGCACACGGCAAACAUGUUCAACUUUGCCAGUAAGAUGAUCAACAGCCUGAUGGCGGCGGGCGAUGACAUGGUCACGGGCACCGAUCCGCAGCAGCCGCAGAACGCGGCCAACCGUCCGCAACAGCACCAGCAGCAGUUCCAACAGCAACAAGACUAUGGCGGUGGACGACCCGGAGGUACGUCCACCGCGGCCAGGCAGUACGGCAUGAAUCAGCAGCAGCCGCCGCAGCAACAGCGAAGCAUGGCCGGUGGUGGGUACCCGCAGCAGCCACUGCAGCAACCACAACAACAGCAACUCCCGAGACAACCGUCGCAACAGCCACAGACUAGACUGCAGCAACAGCAGCAGCAGCCGCAAUCACAGCCGUCCUUUUACCGUCAACAGCCACCGGCGCCUUUAUACAACAGUGGCACUACUACUAGUAGUGGAAGGCCAUCUUCUCAGUCAUCACCCCAUCAACAGCAGCAGCAGCAGCUUCAACAACAACAACAACAACAACAACAACUACUACUUCAGCAGCAACAGCAGCAACAACAACAGCAACAGCAGCAACAACAACAGCAACAGCAGCGGCAAAGGCAACAGCAGCAACAGCAGCAGCAGCAGCAGCAACAACAUCAACAACGUCCCGGUGGUGCCGGCAUGGGUAUGCCGGCAUUAUCAAACACACUGGAAACCGCCACGGCCGACCCGGACCCGUUGAGCCUGGACCUGAGCCACCUGAGUGCCGAAGAGCGAGCAUUGAUCCAGAACGUCAUGGCCAAGGCGAAGAACAUGGACGCCACUGAACCCGCACCGGUGACGCCUUCGCAUUUGACGAUGAAUAGAACGACGGCGAUGACGUCGUCGUCUCGAAGCGAAACUGCAAGUAACGGGAGUUACGCGUCGUCAAGCGGUCAAGACGCCACGUACUACAACGGUACCAACAGCAAAAGUGGCACGCAACAGCAACAGAACGCGUCGUACCAGGACCGUAACGUCUACCAGCAACAACAGCACAGGGACGGAGCAGGUGGUACCGGUGGGUCAUCGUCGAUGGCGCCAUCGUCGUCGUCGUCGUCGUCGUACUCACAACAGCAGCAACACGCCCCUACUUCGGCGUACCAGCAACCCGCCGGCGGCUCGUAUCAGCAGCACAGUGGUUACAAUUCAGCUGCGGCUGCGGCGGCCAGGCGGCACAUCCAGCAACGCGGUUACGACGACUACCACCAGCAACAGUUGUCGCCGGAGGAACAGCUGUCGCCCGUGUCGCCGGAAAACGAAGUGUCCAUGCCGUACGGAGCCGGCGCCGGCGGAAACUCGCAGCAAUACCACCAGCAGCAACAGCAACAGUUGCAGCAACAGCAACAGCUACUGCAGCAGCAACAGCAGCAGCAGCAGCAGCAGCAGCAGCAGUUGCAGGGAGAGCGUUCCGGGUCCGAUUCCAGCGACGACGUGAGCCUGGCCGAGUGCCUGGCCGGCGGCGGCGUCGAGCUGAUGAACUUGCGGCCGAUGCCCAUGUUGGACGAGAACGGCCAAGUGCUGUUGGACGACGUCGAUACCGCCCGGAUGCAGCAACAGCAACAGCAGCAACAGCAGCAGCGUCGCGAGGAGCAGUAUUGCAGCGAACAGCAAGCGUACUAUGGAGGCAACGCGACCACCGCCAACGCGUCGGACGUGUACACCAUACCCGAGGACGAAGACGAGCUGAGCAGUCCGACGGGCGCCGACGGUGUGACGAGCCUCCGCAAGCGACAGAUGGCCAACACGUUGACCGCUAUAUCUGGGCUGAACAACAGUAGCAGCUCGGCGGCGGUCAACUUGCACCACCAGAUCGUCGACAACGAGCGGUUCAUGAUGAAAUACGCUGCGGCGAAUUCGGGCAGUUCGGACUCGCAUCAAAGGUCUAAGUUGUCGAACGAUGAGUCUUCGGCAGCGUCUGCUUUUUCCGAUCAGACCCGAUCGAAAAAACUCACCCAGUCGUCUACGAUACAAUCCGGUGUCUUGCAGAAUAACAAAUUCCGGGCCGGCGGUGGAGAAACCGUCGUCCAACCGGUGGUGACUUACGCCCAAAAUUCGCCGUCGUACUACAACGGCAGCAACAGCAGUAGCAGCAGUAGCAGCAACAGUAGCAGAUUUGCGUCGGUUGAAGGUGACCACAAUAACAUAUCGUCCGCGUACGACACCACGGCUGAAAACUGCGUGUUCCAAGACGACUUGGAAAAAACGCCGGAAUACGAUCGAAUAUGCAAAUUGUUGAAUCAGCCGAUUCGUGCGGUCGGUCAUCACGAGUCCAAGUCCAAUAAGACGGUGCAGCAGACCAAUCGGAACCAGCACCAGCAGCACCAUCACCAGCAGCAGCAGCAGCAACAGCACAUGCAGCGACAACUCAAGCAACAGCAGCACAAGAACCAGCAGCAUCAAAACCAACAGCAACAACAGCAACAGUACAACAGCAUGCUGGGCCGCGCGCUAUCGUCUUCGCAGCAGAACCGGCAGGCGGCAUCGUCGAACAGCAGCAAUAAUACGUUUGGGAACGUUCAAAACUCGAACCGUAGUCGGACGAACUUUCGCUACGACGACGAGGACGACGAGGAAGAGUUGUUGGAGCAGCAACAGCAGCAACAGACACAGCGACACAAUUAUGGAGUACAACCGGCGGCGCAGCAGGUGGCCACGGGGUCGGCAGCGGCGUCCGACAACGACAGCAGCGGCACGAUCAGCGGAAUGUUGGCCGACUUUAGCCGGUCCAUAGCCAACAUGAACGGCAGUGGAUCGACGACGACAACGGCAACUCCGUUAUACAACGGUAGUGACAAAUUUGGUGAAAACAACAACAAAUACGAUUCCGUGCCAAGCGAAAACGCCCAAAAACAACAGUACCAACAACAGACGCAACAGCAACAGCAACAAUACCAACAGCAUGGGUUUGCCGACGGGUUUUCGACGCCCUCCGGUACAACGACGCAACUGCGACGCACCCAAUCGAUCAUCAGUCAAAACCUGCGCGACCAACAGUACCAGCUGUACUGUACCGGUUCGUCGCCGCCGCUCCAGCAGCUACAGCCGGUACAGCAACAUCAGUACGGCGACACUGCCGUCGCUCAACUGCAGCAGCAAACCGCCAACAACGCUUACGGACCGGCGGAAGACGGCGGCUUGUUGUACGGAACCGGUGGCGUCGGAACCGGACCGUCGAGCAUCGUCGCGAGACAGGCGCAGCAACAGCAACAAACUAUCGCCGCUGCGUCACAGCUGCGACAGCAACAGUACACGGCCGCCGGCAUCGCCACUGCCAAUAGUUUGCAGACCGAAACGAAUUACUCGUCACCGAUUGGCACCGGAAAUGCGGCAGCGAUGCAACAACAGUUGUUCUAUAACAAACGAGGAGACAGCGGCGGCGCUCUGUUUAACUGCCAACAACAGACAUAUCAACAACAACAAGAAGUCUUGUACCAGCCUUAUCAACCGGAAUACGGCACAUAUCAGCAACAGCAACAGCAACCGCCACAUCAGCAACCGCAACAUCAGCAACAGCAACCACUCUCGUACAAUCAAAUGCAACAACAGCAACAGCCAAACCAGCAACAACCAAACCAGCAGCAGCAAUACAAUCAGUCACAACAACAACCACAACAGCAGUAUCAACAGCCGCAGAACCAACAAUACCAGUCGAGUCAACUGCAGCAGUAUCAGAGGUUUCCGAAUCAAGAUCAACAGCAGCUGUCGUUGACUGUCGGCGAUAAUUGCCACCAAUACAGCAUCGAACAACAACUACAACAAAAUAGGGUGGACAUCAACUCUGGUCAGAACGUGUCUGCUUUAACACUUGGCGGAGUACCGGUUACUUCGGGUGGUAUAAAAUACGAUGCGGCGGCGGCAGAACUUAGUUCCACUGCGUUUAGACCACUGCAGCAUCAACAGGGUCAACGUUGCGACAAUCCGACGGCUAUUGCACUGCAGCAGCAACAGCACUAUAUCAAUGGCAACAAUUACCAGCAGCAACAGCAACAGCAACUGCAGCAACAACAGCCACAGAAUCAGUUACAGCAACAGCAGCAGCUGCAGAACAGUGCUUUAGCGCCGGUCAGUGGUACCAGUACGGCCAGAGUAACGGUACUACUAAACUCGUCUUCAGCCACAGCGGACCAGCAGCAGACAGGUGUCAAAGCUUUGACUGGUGGGUCGGCGGCGCUUAAAUACCAGACGGUCGGACAGCAACAAAUAUCGUCGUCACAGGCAUCGACUUUGCACCCGACACCGCCGCAGCAAAACACGCCGGUCGGCACGCCCAGGGGCGCCCUGCUGAUCAGUGGCGGGGGACUUGGGCUCAGAGAUUUGACGGCAUCGCCGUCGGACACGCUCAGCGAACCGGACUCGAUGCGCUCUUCGUCGUUGAGGGGUAGCAACGGUCGGGACGGUCGACGUCGGUUGCCCGACUUACCCCCGCCAGACCUGGAGAUGGCUGGGGUACAGUGGCCAGCGGCUGCAAACGCUAAGCGCCGCGAGCGCAUGAUGCGAGCCAUGAUGGAUAAGUUCAAGCCAUUCUCUUCAUCACGGAACGUCGCGAACGUGGAUGCUUUGACCACGGUAUAUGGUUACGGUGGCAACAAAUUUGCGUCUAAUCGACCCGGCAGUAUGAGUGAAACCAAUUUGCUGAAGUAUCGUCCUCAGAAAGAUGGCGGUGCGACAUCCACAGUGCGACCAGAAUCGGCGCUUGGUCUUUUGCAAGGUUCCAGCCUGGUGAGCAGCACCGGAGAACAGACGCCGUCGAUGGCCAGGCAAUACGGCGGCUUGACGCGGAAAUACGGGUCGGACGGCGGCGACGAGCUGGCCGCGUGUCUGCCACCCGACCUGCGGCAUCUGCUGUCGGCCACAACGGCGGCGGCACCGCAGUCGCACCACCGGCAGACGACGACCCAACGACUGCAACAACACGGACUGCUGCAGAGGAGUCCCGCGGCCACGGCCGCCGCCCAUUCACUGAACAACACGGCCGCGAUGAGCAUGUACGGCGGUGGCGGUGGCAGGAAGCCGUGGUCGUCGUCGUCGUCAUGGUCGUACCACGACGACACAGGCAUCGGUUACCCGUCGUCCGUGGACCGUCGCGUCGGCGGCACCGGCAGGCAGGCGGCCGCCUUGUUCGGCGGAGGCGGCGGCGGCGUGGGCCUAGGAGGCCUGGACUCGCAUCAUUACCGCAGCAGCGGCGGGGGUAGGACGAUGACUGCCGCGAGAUCGCUGGGUGGAGUCUAUGACGGUAACAGUCUGUUGUACCGCUGUUCGACCAGUAACGUGCCUGACCACCUGGAAAGAAGGUGGUAUCAGAACCAGCAGCAACGACAAACCGGCGGACGGCUAAUCAGAGGGUUGGGCGGUGCCAAACACUUGUCGGACGUGUACGACGACGACGACCUGCUGCGAUUACAGCAGCAAGACGACGCCACGGUUGCCGCGCUGUUGCUGGACGACGUCGUGUUGGGCGGAGGUUACAGCAGCAGAAACUCAGACUUUAUGCCGUCUAGACCGAGGUCUAGGUCAUAUGGUGGCGGUGAAGAUCCAUCGUCCACGACGUCUUGGCGACACUGGCCCGACACCGGCGGCGGAUCCGGUUAUCUGGGCGGCGCACUGCGCGAGACCGCCAUCGGUUCGUCGGCGGCGAUUUACGAUCACAAUGGCCACCGGCGUGGGACGAAUACUGCGAUGAAUUCCGCCACGGCCGAUCACAAAAGAUGGGACGUUCGGCGGCACAACCGCCGGCAGCGGCGGUACAGCGACGGCGGCGGUGAUUCAGACCCGCGCCGGCCGUACGAUUACCACCAACACCUGCAGAUGACCUCGACGGCGGCCAUGAUGAAGUACGGCACGGCCAGCCGGCGGUCGCGUUCGUGGGACCCGUCGCCGUCGCCGACACCGACCGCUUACCUGAGCGGCGGCGACGACGGUGGCGGUUACGGCGGCUACGGCGGCUACUGCGACUACAUGGACGACUACGGCGGCGGCGUCGGCAUCGGCGACUACGAAUCGCUGGCGGCGCUGGCCGCCGAGGAGGAGCACGACGAGGAGCUGCAGCGCGAGGAGAAAAAGGCCAGGAUCAAGGCGGAGAUCGCUCGGCGUCGGCGGCAGAUCGAGGACAACGUCCGGCUGCACGAGGAACUGCUGCGCCUGGCCCGGAUCCGCGAGAACGCCGAACACGAGUAUUCGUCGUCCAUGCUGCCGUCGCUAUCCGCUGCAGGUGGCUGCUACGCGGGACGGCGGCCGAUGACCGAGGACGAGUGUCAAGUGUUUGCGCGCGCGGCCGAAAAGAUAGCCGAGGAACGGUCCAUGGAGCGGAUCGCGUCCACGUUCCGGACCGCUGCGGCCGCGGCCGCCGAGGAUUACAUGCGCCGCGGUGGCGUCUACGGUGGCGGCGAAUACGGCACGGCGGUCGGCUGCGUGGUCGGCGAUUACACGCCCCCGCACGCCAUGCCGCUGUUGCCGGACAUGCCGACCAGGAGCAGGAGGCUGCUGGAGAACCUGGGAAGUUCGCCGAUCACGGAUUCCGUGCUAUUAGACGGCGAACAGAAAGCCAUGCAGAAGAAAGUCAACUUUCUCAAUGUCCUGUGAGACGGAUAAAAACAACUGCCAAACACGUCGUCGCUUACAAUAAUACAUAAUAAUAAAAAUAGAUAAUAAUAAGACGAUUAUAAUGAUAUUAUGUGUUCCAUGUGUCGGGGCUUGACAUCCGAACGGAAAUUUUCCAUUUUAAUUUCGAUUUUCACUCGUUUCUUAUAAUUCGUAAUUGGAUAUUCGAUAUAAUUUUUCUUUUUUUUAUUCAAUCAAAAUAUAAUUUUUACAUUUUAAGAUUUGCAUUUCGAUUUUAACCUACGAGCAGGAUCACCGUUCACGCAUUCCAAACGCGCUAUGAAAUCGAAAUAUUAGUUAUUAGUAGUUACCAACUACUUUACCGAUGAACAAUAUUAUUAUAGAUCUGUUGGCUAUUGUUAAGUUUUAAAUUUUUAAUACAUUUUAUUUUAAUUUCGUUUUUAAUUUAAAUCAUUAUUUCGAUUUGAUAUUACUUUUGAUUUCUCAGUAGAUUUUUUAUCGAUAUUUAAAAUCGAUUUCAAGCCCAGCCAUGUACCUAUAAUUACCUUCUAGUUUACCUAUACUUAGCUGUUAUGUUAUAUACAUAUUAUUGUAUUGUAUACCUCACUUGACCCCAAUGUACGACUGCCCAUGUACACAUGACUUUCGGUGGGCGGCCGGAUCGACAUGCACAAUAAUAAUCACAUAAUAUUUUACGUACGAAAUCGAUUGGAUUUCACACCUCGAAAAUACGAACCAUUUACACAAAGUACAUUAAUUUCUACUCAGUGCCCUGUUUACUCUCAUAUACCUACUAAUAUCGUAAAAACUAUAAGUCUUAUUUAAUAAUCACAAUAUGAUUAUGAGUUAAAUAAAUUCGUUAAUGUUUAGAAAAUUAUAAAUGUCCACUAAAAAAUAGUAUCUAUGAUAUUUACUAAAUUAAUUUUUAAAAACCUUGUUUUUAAUAAUAUUUUAUGAAGCAUAGAAAUGUUAUUUAAAAUUAAACUCGACAAAAUAAUGUUGCCGCUGAUCUUAAAAAAUCCAAUAGACCCUCUUUCCCCUCUCCUGUGAACACGGCACUGAGUGUACACUGUUCAUACCUAUAUACUAUACAACAUACAUUCUUUGUACAUAGGUACUAAACGCACAUAACUAUUAAACUUACACGUACAACAAAAAUAACUGUACAACGAAUCUAUAGCAUCUAAGUUGAAAAUAUUAUUAGGUACCCGUUGUAGGCAUACCCACUGAUAUUAUUACCACGUCCAUAUACCGUAUUUUGUAUAACGUACGAACGCCGUCCAAUGUUUUUCGACCGUUUGCCAAAUUAUACGUAUACAGCCUACAUAGGCUUAAGUUAGUAAUAAUAUGUGUCGUAUCGUUACUUCCCGAAUGGUGGUUUAUGUUUACUAUAAUUGUGAUUCACGAUGUAGCUUCAUUGCAAAAGCGUCCGCGGAAUGUAUGAUCUAGGUAAUAUAUUAUUAUUAUUACUGUCGGAUGCGACGCGGAAAUCGACUUAAUAAUCGUACAGACGAUGUUGUAUUCUGGCGAUAUUAUUAGUACGUUUCAUACGUUUAAACUAUUAACUAUAAACUAAGUGUUUUGCGGCAUUCCGAAUGGAAAUCGCUACCUAAUCAGCCAGCAAACUUUCCAGUUUGUCGUUUCGUAUUGUAUAAGAUUACACGGGAUUUUGUCACGACACGGUGAAGUGUUUUCCUGCAGUAAUCGAUCAUUUCACGUCACGUGGUAUCGAUCAAUCACACAAACGUAUAUCGAUUUUCGUUUUUGUCCGUUACCUACCCCACUUACACAUGCCAGAUUUGAACUACACCUAAAUCUGUUAUUCAUAAGACUCGUCCCUUGACACUUAACGUAAGACGUAUUACAUUGUUAAUUAAAUAAUGCUAAGCUUCAAUAGUUUCUAAUAGCUAUAAUAAUUAUCGUUUAAAACGUCGAAGGUUGGCGAAAAACAAUAAUAUUAGGUAUUAACUAUUCUAAGGGCUUCCUCGUGGUUUCAAAUCAUUUCGAAACGGUAUACUAUAAGACGUAUAAUAUUAUGUACCUAAUUUAUUGUUAUAAGCCAUCAAUCAACUCCAGUGAUCUCGACGUGUGCGCGAUCGUGUCAGUUUUAAAUACAGCUUUUUGGUAUUAGAUUUGAUACCGUUGCAGACGUAAACGUUAACCGAAAAGUUGUUAUAAGAAUAUCAAAAUGUAUUAAUGGUCGUUUAGGUAUAUAUUAUAUUAAUCCACAAAGGGUGACAAACAAUGAUAAUUUUCAAUUAUUACUUAUAUAUCGCACUGGUUAGAAAUCACAUAUAAUAUUAUAAUAAAAAAUAAAAAAUAAUAUAUAAGUAGGUAUAUACAUGCAUUGAUAAAUGAUAAGUGUUAAACGAGCUUGCCGCUUGGUUACUGGUUUAUGUAGUUUUGAAAACAAAUUGAACUAUUUUUUUUACAUAAUACCUACGCAUAAUUAUAAAGAAUAAUAAAUAAUAAUAAAAAUAAUGCCGAUUCGUAUCAUAAUUCGAUAAAUAAAUGAACCAUACUAUAGUCACAAACGUGGAUGGAUAUGCUAUAACGUACAGACGUACAGUUAGGUAUACCUAUCAUAAUUAUUGCAAUGUACGCCGAUUUUAUACUGCUGCAAAAAUAAUUCAUAAAUGUAUAUGUUUAAAACAAUAGAUAUAAUUGAUUUAUAUUUGCAAUAAAAAAAUAACUCACACUCUUUAUUACCACAAGCUCAAUAUUGACAAAUUUUAUGGAAUAAAAAAAAGUAAAUGAAAAAUAAUUUGUAAGUCGAAUUGAUCAAUCGGUUUUAAUUCAUGUUUCAGAUGUAACUAAUGAACCUAAGUAAUAUCAAAGCACAAUAAUAUUAGGUAUAAUCUAUAAAUUAUAAUAAUUAAAUAAUUACAUAAUAUUUCAGACUUCGUUACUAACGUAAUAUAAUAUUAACCACAACUAUUUUUUACCAAUUGUAUUGUAUACUGCCGUUUUUGGUGUGUACUAAGUCUAGUCGAAUCUUAACUUUAGAAGUUUUCGUUAGAUAAUAAUAUGAUGUCAUAUCGACCUGUUAUCGAAUUAAUUAACUAUUAAAAAAAUUAAUCAUUUCCGAAUGUUUCGUCGUCAUUUGUUUUAAUCUUUUGUUUAUUUUUUACAUAUAAAAAGAUUUAUUUAUUUGUGAUCAUAAGUUAAACGUUUAUACUCCAUUCACAUUAAGAAUAUACCACUUGGUCGAUCAAAACUUGUCGUGUUCGUGCAUCACCGCCACAAAACGGGCACCACAGCGCGCCCUAGUGUCGGCUGCAACUGCAACUGUAUACGUAGUGAGUUGUAUUAUCACACUAUCAAUUGUUUGAUUCCACUUGAGUGUAUACGUAAACUCUUGCGGUUAUCACACAUACAUUUUAUUUACAUAAUAUUAUAAUAUUCCUUUGCGAAUUAUUACCUUCUUGUCUGUACAUUUUGUUAUUGUUUAAAAACCACGCAAAAUCGCGAUGUUUUUUUGAUUCUCUGUAUGCACGGCGGUGGCGUGACGGUGGCAGUCGUUGCCCAUGACUGUCGGCCAAUCACAGAACGCAAAGCAAUCGUCAAGCAGCUAUCGGUGGCUCAGUCUUCGUGCGCGAAAGUGGUAUAUUCUUAACAUGGACGCAGAAUAUAACUUAAUAAUUAAUCGUGUUCAACGGUAUCAUAUUAUGUUUAAUUAAAAACUAUAGAUGCCGUGUAUAAUAGGUAGAUAAUAAUAUGUAGGUAUAAUAAUAUAAAUGCUAUAGAGAAGUACUCCAAUAUAAUUCAAUCGCCGCCUCAGACAACAAUCACGUGGCGGAUAACCCAGUGAUGGCCCACAUGAUGUACCUACUAUAAGGUUUUAAAUAAUUAUAAAUACUGAGUUUUAAUAACAAAUAAUCAAUAAAUAUUUUAUCCUCCUAAUAAUCCUUCUAAUCUCCGGGCCGGAUCAGUUGACAAAUUGUUGCCCACGGGAUUAUCCGCAUGGUAUAGGACAUUAGGUAUAAUAAAAUGUUGCCACAAACUGUAUAGGUACUUAUGGACAGUAUUGUUGUGCUCAAAAUGAAAAAUUCGUCACUAACAUAAUAUUAUGUAUAUGUAAUAUAAUAAUAUGGUGUAUGAUUGACGGCCUAUACAAAUCAAAUUUAUAGAAUUCCAUAGAUGCUUACCGGCGAAUUGGUAUGGAUUUUCUAUAUGCCUCUUUUUGUGAGAUAACAUACAAUCAAACAGGGCUUCAAUUGGGAAAAAAUCAGAAGGGAGAUAGAAAAGUAUAAAAAAAUGUGCGUACCCGGAUAUUGAAAUGUCUUUUUGAUUAGGAUAUAGGUUAUAUUAUAACGAAUAAAUAUAUUUUAAACAGGAGAGGGACACGCCCCCCCCCCCCUUCUCGCACUACCACCCAUGCGAUUCAAGCACUAUAUUGACAUAGGUAAUAUAAUAAAUAUUUCUAUCAUAUUAAAUGUAUUAUUAAGACUUGUAGUUGUAUAAGUAUCAAGUUAAAAUAAUAUCGAAUUAAAAUGAAAACAUAAAUAUAUAUAUAUAUAUAUAUAUUAUUAUUAUAUGUACCUUAUUUAUGUUUGCGGUUUGAGGCGGUAGGAAAAAUAAUGAUAAUAAUAAUCGAUGUUUAUGAUGUUUUCGUGCGACUUGUUUAGUUAUUUGAGAGUAUAUUUUUUACUAUAAUAUACUUAGGGAUUUACUUCGACUAUAUAAGACGGUUAUUUUUAAAACGCACAUAAAAUAUAUGUCCGUCGAACAACUUUACUAUAAUAUAUAGGUAUUGUCAUAAUAUUAUUCCUCAACCAGAUUGUUCAAUAAUUUUCUCAAAACUCGAGUAAUUCAUAAGACUUUUUAAUUUUAAGACCUUUAUUGUGUGUCAUUACUUUAAUUACCUAACUAUAUAUUUAUGUGUAUAUAUAUAUAUAUUGAUCUACACCAUAGUGUGUUUGUCGGUGUAAAAAUUACGUUAUAUUAUAUCAUAAUAAUAUGGUAUAUAUGAAACGUUAUACAGGGUGAUUCACGACAUAUACCUAUUGGUAUAUAGUAGCCCGUUGAUUUUUGACGGGAAACCUCUUAUAGUGAUAAUUUUAUAAUUUACCAACCUACCUAACCCGCCAGAAAUUAGUGAGCAUGCCAAAAGAAUCACGCUGUACAUCACAUUAGAUAUAAUAUUAUAAUAAUGUUAUUUUAAUUACCUAGUCAUAGAUAAAUUAUUAAUACUUGAAUUCAUUUCGUACGUCACAAACCGCGUACUAUUGUUGUGUACGUACCAUUCAAAUAUUAUUCCAUAAUAAUAAUAUAAUUCUAUAAAUAAAUAAUAAAAAUAGUACGAAAAAAAAACGGAGAACAUUAUAAUAUAGAUUUUACAUGAUUAUACUUCAUCUGAGAAAAUGAAGUACUUUCAAAUAUUAUAACUUUAUACGGACACGACAAAUACAUUACCUAUUUUAAAUAAAAUCGUACUCAAUUCCCAAUGACUAUAACCAUAAUAAUAUUAUUACAUAAUCUCUCGGCAUACAGGUCAUACUUUAGCGAAUCCUACCAAAACAGUAUUCCAUAAUAUCAUGUGUUUAUCAUUAUAAUAUUAGUAAAACUAUUAUCACCGACGGUGAUUUCUCGUUUAGUUGUGUUUCAUCAUAUCAAAAAAUGUUUAAAAUAAGUAUUGACACUGCAAGUGAAGUUGCAGACGCGUUUCGUCUGUGUUGUGUGUUAUAUUUCAUAAAGUUUCGUCGCGUUAUCGCGAAAAAAAAUAUACACAAAUACCUACCUAUUAUAAUAUAAGUGUCUUUGAAAUAUUAAUAAUAAUAAUAAUAAUAAUAAUAAUAAUAAUAAUUUACUUAUACUUGAUAAUAUACUGUAUUACAUAUCCACCAAAUUCCUUAUUUUGCUCUACUGAAUUUGUUAUUAUUUUUUUUUUUUUAACUAUAAUAUAAUAUAUUUACGGUUAUCGUUACCAUAUUGUUAACGCGUGCGUAUUCGAUUUGAUAUCUUGACAAAUUUAAACGCAAUUAGAAAUAUAUUAUAAUAUUAUAUUAUAUACACAUUAUAUAAUGCCCACGUUAAGUGUUACCGUUGUAAUAAAAUAUGUUACUAGGUAUAUGCGUUAUAAUAUGAAUUUGUUGAAUAAUAUAUAAUGCAACGAUUUAGCAUUUUCACCUAUGUAUAUGGCUACAUAAUAUUAUAGUAUAUUUUAAUAAUAAUAUUUUAAUUUAUAACGAGUGUAAUUGAUAAAUUAUUAUAAUAUUAUUAUGAUUACUCUCGAUAGGAGUGAAUUAUGUAACUACCUAUAUAGUUAAUUAUUAUCGUUUAGAAACACUGUUGGAAAUUUGAAACACAAUAUUAUAAUAUCGUAGCAUGUUUAAUAAAGUAUAUUAUAACUUAACAGUAGACAAUUUUAUAUUGUUACUUGGUGGAAAUAUUGUUUUAAUGGAAUUAGAACAUAUAAUAAAUCAAAACACGAUUGAAAAACAAAAAAUUUUGC